CAGCCAGUGCCAGCCAUGCCUUUUGGGAAGGCCCCAGUAGCAGUUUCUUGGGCACCGCCGGGCCAGACCUAGAGAGAUGCCGUCUCUACGCUGCCUGUGUCAUAGCUCUUGGCACACUGGGUCUCACACGCCACUGAGUUCCAGGCAUCUCAUCAUGUCUUGACCUUGACACGUCUCGCAGCCAACCGCCGCCCAGAAGGCCUGUUGGCAGACGAACGUUUCCCGCUCUUGACAGCCGAAGUUGCAGGAAUCUUGCAUACUUUGGUUCCACGAGCUCUUGCGGAUGUCGCUUGGAGCUGUGGCCGUUUGGUUUUACGAGGCAGUCCUUUGGCCUAGGCCGUGGCAUGGGAAUGCCAGUCCUUGGCUCAAGGCUUCCAUGCGCAGGGCUUGGUCAACAGGGUGUGAGCACCUGCGAAGUUGAUCUAUGACGAGAUCCCCUUGGUUCAGACCAUGGCUAAGCUGGUGCAGCUACAAGCCGAGAACUUUCGGCUGCAGUGGUUGGUGCGAAGCAUUUGGGCCUUCGCCAAGCUGCGCUUUGAAGAUUGGCCCUUUUUCCACCUGAUGAUGACUUUGGUCAGCAAGAAGGAGGAGGAUUUUCAAGUCUACGACAUGCAGGUCACCACGAACUUUGUGUGAGCGAUGGGGCGCGUUGCCUACCUUGACGCAGAUGGCGGUGCCAUGGAAGCAGUAGGCCGGGUGGCUGGCCAUUCCAGGCUGUUGGAGUGCGACUUCCAGGGCUUGGCCAACAUGCUGUGGAGGAUGGCAGUGCUGGAAAUGGCAUCCCCGGUGGCUGCAAUGGCCACACCAGUAGCAGAGCGGCUGCCAGAAUUUGAGCCGCAAAACUUGUCCAAUGUGGCCUGGGCUAUGGCCAAGGUGGCAUGGAGGUAGCGGCCGUUGUUAGAAGCAAUGAGUCGGCAGAUGCAGCUCAAGAUGUCAAGAUUUGACCCGCAAGGAUUGGCUAAUUCCGCCUGGGCCCUUGCAAAGCUACUGUACAAAGACCAGCCCUUUCUGGAUGCGGUUGCUGCUGCCUGUUUGGAGCGUAUUGAGCAAUUUGAGCCACAGAGCUUGGCCAACAUGGCAUGGACCUGGGCUACGCUGCAGGUUCAGAAUCAUCCUUUGAUCUUGAUCAUUUCACACCAUGCGCUGAGUCAGAUGAAACUGUUUCGACCCCUGCCCUUGACAAACUUGGUUUGGUCCUUGGGCACUUUGCAUUUCGACCAUCCCCUGCUCUUGGAAGCCCUUGCAUGCAGGGUGACGGCCCACAGUCACGAGUACAACCCGCAACAGAUCGCCAGCACUUUGUGGGGCACUGCCAAGCUCUCUCACAAAGAUCCUCCAUUGUUGGACUGUUUGUCGCAACGCUGCCGGCAAAGUCUGUUGCAGUUCGAUGCUCAGAAACUGGCCAAUGUUGCAUGAACUGCUGCGAGCUUGCAGCUGAAUGGAGGGAGGAGCACUGCCUUUCUGGUUGCCAUCUUACCGGAUGCGUGUUGCUCGCAUGUGGAGGAGUUCAGUGCACAGCACUGUGCCAAUGUGGCUUGGUGAUGUGCCCAUUUGGCAAUUGGUGACACCCCUCUCCUGGCCGCGAUAGCUGCGAAGUUUGAGAAGGUGAUCUCUGAAGCAAUACCUCAGGAGCUGUUCAACCUUGCUUGAGGUCAUGGCAAAG